GGCCAUGGUAGUGUUUAAGUGUGAGACACUUUUGCAACAAAUGCUUUCAUUAAAAUAAUGAAUAAAAGUUGAAAUCAAAAUGGACAAGAGCCAUGAAAAAAGUUUUAACAAAUGUGUGGAACAGUUGGCGAAAAUAUUUGUUGCUAAAUCUCGUAAGUCGAAAGAAGGAAAACAAAGGAAUGGAAAGGUGUCGCUUCUCAGUGAAGAAAUCAAGUUAAAAUGGAAGAUAUAUGAUUCUAUGUUUGAUAGUAAAAAGCUAUCUCACCAUCGUAAUGGUUCAUAUUACUGGAAAUUGUUGUUCGAUAAUUCAAUGAAUGUUUCUCUUGUUUUGGAAAUGUUCCGAUUCAGUAACCAAUGUGAUAUUGAUGGUUUACUACAAACAAGUGGAUUUGGUUUAGAUGAUUGUGUGGAAAGGGUGCUUUGCCUUUUAUUGUGUCUUGCCAGGAAACCCAGCAAGGAUAAACAAGAUGACCAACUAACUCUCUACAACAGCAAACUAAAUUGCAAGAAAAUCAACUUCGAUUAUUCUCAUGUUUACUUUGGCCCAUCGAAAUUCAAUGAAGAAGAAGUUGAAUGUGGUUGGAGUCAGUUAAAUACGUAUAGGUUGCCAUUAUUAUUGCCAGAAUCCACAGCUCAACAGAAAAUUCAAGUUGCAUUUAAUCACCAUACAAACACGCCUUCAAACGUAGAUGGUUUUAGUUUUGUUAAUCCGAAAACCAAACCAUAUUUUGGAUGUUUGAAAUUUCCUGAUUUAUUGAGUGAUGUUUAUGAUGGCAAAAUUGUUCAAGAUGAGGAUGAAGGGUUCGUGUCUGGUGGAAGUACUCCAUGUUCUGUGAAAAUGUUGCGCAAUACCCAGUCACGGGUGAAUGAUUCUCACCCUCCGUAUUAUGACUACAGAGCACCAAAUUACGAUGUAAGAGAUUGGGCGAAAUGUUUAUCGACAAAGAGAAGAACUUAUUUUUCCUGGGAUUUAAACAGAGGUGACCCGCACAACAAGGAAUAUUAUUUCACUGAGCUUGGUUCGAACGCAUAUGAUGUCGUGUGGAUGUCACGUCUUCGUCUCGUUGUUGAUUUAACAAACUUCCUUCAACAACAACAACAAAACAACAAGUUGAUUCUUGUUGAGGAAACAGUGUUGUUGUCUCACUCAUGUCUUGUUGUUGUUGGAGUAGCUUCAGAUACUUUUCAAUAUAACAAGCUUGCGCAAAUGUUUGUUGUUCCAAGUAAAGUUUAUAUGUGCGGUGUUACGCCAUCUAGUGUAAGGAAUUGCUUGCACCAGUUUGCGGAAUGCGGAACUGCAUAUCGACGUGUCAUGCUGUUUACAUCAAAUAUUUUAAAAUCUACCACGAAAAUAAACAAUUGGAUUCAAAAUACAGAGUGUAUACUCAUGACAUUUUGUGAAGCUGUCCAGCAAUAUCUACAUUACUUCCAAGAGAACAUGCUUCAUUAUUCAAACCAAUGUAAAACUUUACAAGAACUUUCACUUGCUUUACAACAACCCACAGCUUUAAUACAUUACAUGUGUCAGUUAUGCAAAUGUGGGUCACCUGAUGUUCCGCUUACUCAACCAGACGUUGAUGGAUCUAUUUUCCCAACUGGUGUCUCGCUACUUACAUAUCUAUAUGAGGAAGCUUUGCAUUCUACGGAUGCAAACGAACGAUUUAUUUUGUUAUAUCUUCUGCAAAAGUGUUGCCAACCAUAUUUAAGUUUCGUGCAGAGUUGGGUGUUUCGUGGACUGUGCGUUGAAUCAAGCGAUGAAUUCAUGAUCAACAUCAACGACAACAAUGGGGGAAAACGAGACAGGAGGAGGUGGAAGAAUUAUAUCGUUGCGAGGAACCCCAACGAUAUCAAGUCAUGUGUUCCGUUGUUCUUAGCUCCGAUUGCUGAGAAAAUGUUCGCGUGCGGAAAAUCAAUCGAACUUAUGCAGCUCAUUUCACCUCAGCAUUUUCUGUGCACUCAAAUGUUCCCAUUACCUCAAUUACGAAUGUCGUACUCCAAGAUUGAGAUGAAGAAGCAGAUGAUGAAAUGGAAAGAAUAUCAAUCUCUCCUCCAGGCACAAGAAGAUGAGAUGAUCUUGUUUUGGGAGGAAGAGGAAAAGUCCCGAGAGAGAAAAAGACAGGAAUUGGUGAACGCUUCACAUGAGGUGUAUCAAACACAAAUGGAGAAGUUGUUUGAUGAAAAGAAACAAAUUAUUCUUGAAAUUCAACAAAACAAGAAGACGGAAUAUGACAGACUUAAAAAACAAGCAGAAGAUGAUUUAAACAGGAGAAAAAUGGAAAAAGAGAAAGAAGCAUCCGAUGACUUACACCGGUUGCAGAUGAAUGAAUACAGAGAUACACUUCAUAAACAUACUGAUGAUAAAUUAUUUGCUCAAGUCAAGGAAGAAAUGGAGCAACGUUAUGCUCAACUUACACGCGAUGCUGAGAACAGAGAAGCAAGAGCUUUGUGGAAAAUAAAACGUCAUCGACUGGAUAACAAGCGAAUCUUAUUUCUUCAAAAUCAGGUUAUACCUGAGCACUUUAUAAAAUCUACAUCAACCAGUGUGAAAAAUAUUGAAGAAAAUCAUUUAGUUGAAAUUGAUACACCACUUGUUGAUAUUGUGGAAAAUGUUGAAAGUUCUGUUGAUGAAAAUGUUGAUCAAGAAGUUGAUGAAAUAAAUCAACAUCAACAUGUUGAAUCAAUUACUGUUAAUGUUGAUGAUGCAACUAAACUUCAAAACAAAGAAUUAAGCGCAGAAAAAGUUAGGAAACCAAAACUGAAACCAACGAAAGAAAAACAAGUUCACCAUAGCCAAUCUACUAUUCAGAAUCUCAUGUAUUAUGGGGAUAAAGAAAAGAUUGUAAGCUCGAAUGACAUUGUUGCGAAAAGAAAUGAACCUUGUGUUGAAGACUCAUAUAUCAAUGCAACAACUCCAGAAACAGAUCACCCAUUACCAACUUUCAAUGUAUAUGAUGAUCAUGUUACUUCUAUUUUCAAAGUAUUUAACUCUACAAAUAAUGGUGACAAGUUCGAGAGAUGCAGAGAACUUUUCCCCACCCAGAAACACAGUGGGAUCAACAAUUCAACGUUUUUCACCGACCAGGAAGAUAUUGUAGCUGCCGACUUGGAUGCUUUACCUGUAAUGUUGCUAAAAUGUGUCCUACAUCCAAUAUCUGUGCAUUCCGAUCUUGUCAAUAGGUGCGUGGUUCAACAUUUCAUGCAAAACCUUUCACUUGUGGAUCAUUUUGAAAUGUUGCGACAUUUCCUUUUAUUGGAAGAUGGAGAAUUUUCGCAAACGUUCAGCAACAACUUGUUUCAUAUUAUUCACGGAAACACAAAUCCUGUUGAUUCUUUAACUCCGGUCGCUCUCGAUUCAAUUUUAUCUCGUUCCGUUCAAUCUUCCAACUUUCACGAUUCAUCCUUGAUCGGAAAUUUAUUUUUCUCUCUAACCCAUCUUCCACCUGCGUUUGAUCCACUCGAUCGAGAUUGUUUGAAUUGUUUUGAAUUGAGAUACAACACGCCGUGGCCGUGUAACAUCGUGCUCACAGAAUCAUCUCACACGAAAUACAACCAAGUCUUAAGGUUUUUGCUCCAACUUAAACACCUGAUAUGGGUUCUACAUGACGUUCGCAAUCAACUGUGCCACAUUGAAUCCGGUGUCACUUCCUUGUUCCGGUUGACUGCAUCGGAGCUUCGUAUACUACAUAUCUAUCGACAUGAGAUGCAUAAUUUUGUGAAGAUAAUGCAAGGAUAUGUUUCAACACAGGUUCUUCAUGUUUGUUGGAAAGAAUUUCUUGAUUCGUUGCAAACAAACGUCACCAACCUCGAAGAUAUUUAUCUUCGUCACUCGGAAUAUAUCCACAAGUGUGUCUUGAGAUGCCUGCUCACCCCGAAGGCACAAAGUGUGUUCAAUUUGAUACGAGAUGCAUUGAAAUGUAUCCUGAGAUUCCAUAAACAACUCUCUUCUCCAAAAUCUGCAACAUUUCGUGCUUUAAAACAAACAUACCUUGAAUUUUCAAGAUUGUCAAACUUUUUAUACAAAGGUUAGUACCAACUGUCUUUAUAUUAAU